CUCCAACGACCCUUCAAAAACAACAACGGAUCCCUCGACUACACUCGACUAUCCAAGAUUCAUUGUCUAGCAUAGGGAAACUAUCGAGCAAGCGCGCAUCCCCCUCGAAACCCCUAAGACGAGGCCACAGAUGAAGAUAGGUGACCCGACAUAUCGUGGCGUACAAGUCCAUCUCCCGCUUGAGGUCGUCCGCCUUAUAACGGAACAUGUUGCUUCCGGCCACGGCGAUGAAGCCCAAACAUCACUAUGGGCUUGUUGUCUGGUGUCUCACACGUGGUAUGCUGCUUCUGUUCCCCAGCUCUACCAUCGGCCACUGCUUUCCAGCCGCAACUUCGACCUCUUUGCUCGAACGAUAUGUCUUACACAACGGUCCCGAAGAUCGCGGGUUGGUCUCAAAAAUAUGAUUAAGUAUCUUGAUAUGAGUCGACUCGCAUACGAGAGCACCAACAGUCUUACAGCCCGUCUCAUCUUCCGAACCAGAUUGUCGUUGGAGGUCUUGGCUCCUCCAGCAGUCACCUUCUCGGUGGCAUCGUUGGCUCCGUUGUCUAAAUGCGUAAAUUUGCGUCAACUAGAUUUGUCGGCAGAUUCUUACUCGAUACCCGUGGUUGAUCUUCUCGAUGCCAUCGCCGAGCUUAAACACUUGACAAUUUUGAGUCUGCCAAAGGGAUUCCAAAUCAACCGCGAUAUUCAUUCCGUUGAAAGCUUGAGAUGGCCAGCGAAUUUGACUCGUCUCCAUGCUAGCGACGUGAUGUGUUUUCGUUCGGCGGAGUGGGACUUGCUAAUCGAAUGUUGGCCCCGGACUUUGAAAACACUGACUUUCCCGGAUUGUCCACACUUCACCGGGGCUGACGUCUUCUUACACUGUGAACAGCGAGCCGACUAUGUGCAGCGUCUCGAGUUGACUGAGUCGAGAGGUCUGGGCGAAGACAGCUAUAACUUGUUCGAUAUCUUGCAGGUCUUUCCGGGGCUCCGAGAAUUGAUCAUUCCCGCCGACGUGGCACGGAGGACCCUCAACGAGGCUCCAGUAGAGACGGAAGAAGGGGCUGGCAGAAGUUCUCCCCUAGAGAUACUCAGAAUCACGCCGACAUGCCAUCCAAAAUGGUACAUUGACAGCCAAGGUCGUGUGAACGCAAAGACGGAUUUCCAAACUUUCAGCCGCUUGGCCGUGCUGCCCCAACUUCGAAGGCUGGAGAUGCCAAAGUCACUCACCACUUACGACGUGGAGGGGGACCAAACGUUGUUUGAGGAGCUCUCUGGCAGGAUCGAGGAACGCGCCCACCGAGACCACCGGAGCACGUCUGGUAUUUUCCUUGUUGACGAUUCAGAGGUCGCGGAAAUAUGAGCGCCAUGCGAUUAUUUGGGGAUUUUGGAUAUCGCAAGCCAGACGUCGUGUCCAGUUCUACACCGGCAGGCCGGCGUUGUUGCUUAUUUCUGACUGGUAUCACGGCUUGUUGUCGACAGCAGACAAGGGCUUCUAUUUGGGGAGGUAAUGAGACAUUCCAAAACUCCCCUUCGCUGAACCAUAGCCGAC